UUAAGUGUGGCUAAUAUUAAAAAAAAAAGACUUCAAAAUAUUUGAAUCUUUUUAAUUUAAUUGUUUAAAUUUUAUAUAAAACUUAGUUGUUCUUUGCGUUUCAAAUAGAUAAAUAUUCAUGGCUGACUUAGAGGAAAAACCUCGGGUAUUUUUGGAGGAAUUCAGACUUAAGAAUGCAUCAGAUGAUUAUGGCUUAGCAGAUGAAUUAUGGAGUUUUAAAAAAUUUACAAAAAAAUUCCGUAUAGUUAUUGUGCGAAUGGACAACUUUGAAAUGGAGUUUGAUUUGAUUGGUAUACAACCUGCAUUUGCUAAUGCUUUCCGAAGGUUAAUGCUAAGUGAAGUACCAAGCAUGGCCAUAGAAAAAGUUAUGGUUAGAAAUAAUACUUCUAUUAUUCAAGAUGAAGUGUUAGCUCAUAGAUUAGGUUUAAUCCCACUGAAAGCAGACCCUAGACUAUUUGAAUAUCGUUCAAAAGAUACAACAGAUGGCACAGAAUUUGACACUUUGGAAUUUUCACUCAAAAUCAAGUGUACAAACAACAAGACACAGCUAAAAGAUUCUUAUAGACCAGAAGACUUGUAUGAAAACCACAAUGUUUAUUCCUCUCAAAUAAAAUGGCACCCAGUUGGCAAUCAAUCUUCUGUACACAAGGAAGUUGAUAUAGGUCCUGUGCAUGGGGAUAUUUUAAUAUCUAAAAUGAGGCCAGGACAUGAGUUAGACCUACAUUUAGUUGCUAUGAAGGGUAUUGGCAGUGAUCAUGCCAAGUUUUCCCCUGUAGCAACCGCAUCAUAUCGUUUAUUGCCAGAAAUUACACUAACCCGUGAAGUAUCAGGCACUGACGCAACAUUACUACAAAGUUGUUUUUCACCAGGAGUUAUAGAAAUUGAUUCCAAGGGGCGAGCUUUUGUAAAAGACGCCCGGUAUGAUACCUGCAGUAGAAAUGUUUACAGAUAUGACAAUAUUAAGGAUGCAGUAGUUAUGAGUAGAAUCAGAGAUCAUUUCAUAUUUAAUGUGGAGUCAGUAGGAGCCAUGUCACCCAAUGUGAUAUUUAUAGAAGCUGUUAAAGUAUUGAGGGAUAAAUGUAAAUGUUUAUUAGAGGAAUUAAAUACAUUAUAAAUUCAGAUAUGGUUUGAAUUUAUUUA